UACAAAAUGCAUGAAAUUUCCAAUUUUCUAAAGAAAAUUUGUUCAGCAUUCGACCCCCCUCCAAAUCAAGUGAUUCAGGUGUUCCAAUCCCCUCCAAAUCAUGUGAUUCAGGUGUUCCAAUCCCCUCCAAAUCAUGUGAUUCACGUGUUCCAAUCCCCUCCAAAUCAUGUGAUUCAGGUGUUCCAAUCCCCUCCAUAUCAUGUGAUUCAGGUGUUCCAAUCCCCUCCAUAUCAUGUGAUUCAGGUGUUCCAAUCCCAUCCCAAUCAUGUGAUUCAGGUGUUCCAAUCCUCUCCCAAUCAUGUGAUUCAGGUGUUCCAAUCCCCUCCAUGGACACAGGUGUAUACAAUCAUCCCCUAGCCAUGCAGACUGCUUC